AUGAAAAACCUCGAUGCACACAAGUACAUUAAAUUAGUGAAUUUUCUAAACAAGAAGAAAAAGUACCCCCAGUUUAAUUUUAAAUAUGUCAAAGGUAAGGGAGAAGACGGAUGUGACCUUCAGCUAGCCAAUUAUGUAAAUGUAAACAAGGGGAAGAUACGAAAUGGUUGCAUAAGAUACACAAAUGAUAGUGCAGUUGCGAAGAUACUUUCCAAUGUGGGCGAGCUUGUAAAUGAGUCGACAGUUUCUUCAUCGCAAAGGAAUGGGGGGGAAACAAAACUGUUUCCAUCGAAUGGCACCAAAGGGAAGAGGAGCAACAACCCGGGCAGGGACCCCCAAGCGGAUGGCGAUUUAACGAUAGAGAUAGGUUACGCCAAUGCACCGUUAACGGGUUGCAAAGUGAAGCAGACAGGAUGGAGAGGGGUAGAUGAGGCACACGAUGGUGGGCUGGGCCAAGCUAGUCGACACAAGGGGGAGCAGGUCAAUUCCAAAGUGAUGCUAAUGCAUUGUAAUGGAGCAUCACACGAAGGUAUUAAUCCGAGCGAGAGGCAUAUCAACCAGCAGAGAAAUGCCGAAAUGAAGAAGUUCCCUUUUUUGCAAAAGAGGGAAUCCCCCCCAGAUGGGUACGACACAGACGCGGGGCAGAUACACCCCGGGGAGAAACUCACCCAUUUAGGGUUCACCCACCGAGGGGGCCGUUACACCGCUAGUAAUGGAGACGAAGGGAGCCACGACGCAGGUGAGAAGAACGGAGAUGUCAACACUUUCGAAGCGGAGGAGCAAACGCAAAGAGAGCUAAGUAGCGAGGAAAAUUUUGCCAAGGUGAAAAUUACGAAAGAAAAUAUCAUCAUCGUGGAUAAGGUGAAGGAAGAGGGACGAAAGGGGAAGAAAACGAAGAAAAUGACCAUGACGGAGGAGAAGGAAAAUACGGAUGACAGUGUAGAAACGUUGGGGAUGGCCACUGUGAGGAGCGAUGGGCAGGAGAAAUGCUUCAGGAUAGAGGAAGCACAAGGGGGAGAAGAAACAGGGGGGAGAACAGAUGAAGGAGAUAAGCAGAAGAAACUAAGUGAUGACAACCCUAAUGGAGAAGAGGAAAAGGAAAGCGAAAAGGACACGGUAAAUUUCCAAAUGAAGAAUGCCAAGGGGAAUAAGAAGUGCCUGUACCCUCAUGAAAUUGUGGAGUAUUUAAACAAAUACAUUAUAGGGCAAACGGAGGCGAAGAAAGUUGUGGCAAAUGCAUUGAGGCAGAGGUGGAGAAGGAUACAAGUGGAUGACGAUAUGAAGAAGGACAUCAUUCCAAAGAACAUUUUGAUGAUAGGCCCAACUGGAGUUGGCAAAACGGAAAUAGCAAGAAGAAUUUCUAUGUUUGUAGAUGCUCCGUUUAUCAAAGUAGAAGCGACGAAAUUUACAGAAGUAGGGUUCCACGGUAAGGACGUGGACCAAAUUAUUAAAGACCUCGUCGAAAUAGCGGUGAAGAGACAAAAAACGAAAUUCGAAAUUGAGAUAAGAGAACAGGCACAAGAAACGGUAGAGAAUAUCAUUUUGUAUUCCCUUCUUGGAAACAUAAAAGAAGAGGAAAAAAACAUUUGGAGGAAAUAUUUAAAAGAUGGCUCCCUAGACGAUAAGGUAGUCAGUAUAGACAUCCCCAAUUAUGUAAAUAACAACAUAUUUUCAAACGAUUCGGUGGAGAAUGCCGUCAAAGAAGCGUUAAGCAAUCACCAAAAUAUUAAAAGCGUCAAAAUUAUUCACCAGAAUAUUAACAAACAGAAUGAUAAGAAAACCAUGACUAUAAGAGAAGCCAAACAGAAAUUGCUGCAGCUGGAAAUUGACUCCUCCAUGAAUCAGGACGUUAUCCUCAAAACAGCCAUCAGCUCUGUAGAAGAAGAAGGAAUUGUCUUCAUCGACGAAAUUGACAAAAUUUGCUCCAAAUCGAAUUCGUCUUACAACGGACCAGAUGCAAGUGCCGAGGGGGUUCAGAGAGAUCUACUCCCCCUCAUAGAAGGAUGCGUCAUUAAUACAAAGUAUGGAAAUAUUAACACUAACUACAUUUUGUUUAUCGCCUCGGGGGCCUUCCAGAGGGUUAAGCCCAAUGAUAUGCUCAACGAGCUGCAGGGGAGAUUGCCCGUCCAUGUGAACCUCUCCAGUUUGACCAUAAAAGAUUUUAUAGAAAUUUUGACGAAGACGCAUAAUAAUUUGCUGCAACAGAAUAUUGCCUUGCUGAAGACGGAGGGGAUCGAUCUGCAGUUCACGGAUGAUGCCAUCGAGACCAUUGCAAACGCCGCUCAUGAUAUGAACUUUUACGUGGAGAACAUCGGCGUGCGGAGGCUGCACACCAUCAUAGAGAAAAUCAUGGAGGACAUCAACUACGACGUUUACAAUUAUGUGAACAAGACCAUCGUCAUCGACAGGGAGAAGGUGAAGAAGUCCCUCGAGGGAUUCAUCAAGCAGUUCGACUUGAAGAAGUACAUCAUUUGA